AUGAGGACUACCACUUCAUCUGAACCCUAUGCCAAUGGAGAGAAAGAGGAAGAAGAAGAAAAGAAGAAGCAACAACAUUCUCGUCUGGUUUCAUCUUCAGAAGAAAAAAUACCAUAUGGAUUUAAUGAUGUACAGUAUUCACCCAUAUCUUCAUAUAAUAAUGAUGAAGAAAAAAAACAGCAAAAAGAAAAGAAUAUCAAAGAUUUUUUUGGUAAAGAUAAAGAUGGACGUGUUACUCCACUUCGCCGGCCCCAAAUUGUUGAUCGUCUACAUUUGAUGUUUUUUCUAGUGUCUAUACCGGCAUUAUUAAUUAUGAUUGCACUCUUUAUAGUAUUAUAUGUUCGAGAUGAUGUAAAUGCAUAUGUGGCAUUGUGUUCUAUUAGUGGUGUGGCUUGUUUUACUGCAGUAGGAAUGACAUGUUUACUUAUUUUAUGUCAUUUAACCGCUUACACAUGCCCUUCUCAACAACGUUUGAUUUUUCGUAUAGUUUUACUUGUUCCUGUAUAUGCAUUGGAUUCUUUUAUUGCACUUCUUUUCUAUCCGGUAUCCUCUAUUGUUGCGGUGGUACGGGAUACAUAUGAGGCUUAUGUGAUUUAUCAAUUUUAUUUUUUACUCAUGGAAUACCUGGAAGGUGAGGAACGGGUCCUGCAACUAUGGAAGUGUUUUGGUACUGGAGAUAAUUACAUUGAAGUAGAAGAUCUUGAUGACCCACUACCAUCUAAUACAAAGGAUGAAAUACAUAUGGACCAUCCAUUGCGGAGAUGUAAUGCCCUAGCAUCAUCCAUACAUGGAAAUAGUGUUUCCUCCCCUUCUCAUCCAGUAAUCGUAAAGAAGAAGAAGAAGACGUCAUCUCAAUCGGUGAGGGAAUUAGAAACACCACUAUUGCCAGAGGGAAAAGAAGAAAAAGAAGAAAAAAGAGAGGAGGAAGUACGAAUACCAAAGGAGGUGGAGAAGGAAGGGUCGAUGCCACGUGAAGGUACAACAUAUGUGAUGCAUCAUAUUUUCCCUUUCAAUUUUAUUUUUUCACCUAUUCCACUGGAUGAAAAUACAUUAUAUCUAUGGAAGUUGUUUUUAACGCAGUAUGUUAUUCUCAAUCCAUUGUUAACAAUUCUUACAGUACCUCUGUAUUUUACAGGAUUCUAUCACGAUGGAUCUUUUUCUCCGUAUGAUGCUUAUCUAUAUCUAGCGGUUAUUCGAACCAUUAGUGUUAGUUUUGCGUUAACAGCACUGGUAUACUUUUACUUUGCCACUAAAAAGUUUAUGCAGGUAUAUUCCCCAACUUCUAAAUUUCUAGCUAUUAAAGCAGUUGUGUUUUUAUCAUUUUGGCAAGGUGUACUUCUUAAUACGCUUGUAUUCUAUGGUAUUAUUCCCGACUCUCCCAUUACACCUGCCAAGGAGGUUACCGCAGAUCUACAAAACUUCCUUAUUUGUUUAGAAAUGUAUGGAGUAUCGAUAGCGCAUAGAUGGAUCUUUAAUGAUGAUAUCUAUUUAAUUGCCUGUAAUGGACAACGGCAGAAACUUCGACUGUGGAUUAUUCGGCAUAUCUUGUCGGUGAGUGAUCUCAUUGAUGAGGCGGGUAGUGUGGUGCGAAUGGCUCCACGUACGGCUCAGCGAAUGAUUCAACAGCGUUUUGCGCAUUGGCGCCAAAGUACAACACAAAGUGCUGAGAAGGGAAUCUCUAGUAAAGAGAAGAAAACUCCACCAAGUGAAGUACAACAACAACAACAACAACCUUCACCCGAAACGUAG